GUGCCGAUAGUUCCUUUAGAUGAAUAGUCCAUCUGAACAAAUUCGUUCCAGAGCAACGCAACUCAAAAGUAGUAUUUAUUUUUUAACUUUAAUGUAAAUAUAAAUGGCACUGGAAUCGCCAGCCCAGCCGCCACCUAGAUUGGCGGCUCAACAUUCAAACGAACAGACACAUGUAUUUUUCCUUAAUACUACGCAACGACAGCACUGCGAUAUGUUCGAAAUUGAAGUAUAUUUUUUCCAGGUUAAUCUAUACUGGAUGGAUUUCAAUGGUUCCCAAGACUUAUUUACCACCUUGCCGCCAGGGGCUGGUAUAAAAGCAAAUACUUUUGUAACACAUCCAUGGCUAUUUCGUGACGCCCGGACUGGUGAACGCAUGCAUGUGAAGCAUCAGGAUAUAUUUUGGCCACAAUUGUAUCGCGUAAAGAAUGCAGGACAAUGGCUACCAUGCCGAAAGCUAAUAGCAAUACAUCCACCUGUUACACAAAGCCUGCGUACAAGAUGUCUAUGGCGUUUUUCUGAACUAAUUUAUGGUAAAAACGACGAAUUUUUAUUAAGUUUGAAUUUACCUCGAACUUUGUAUAAUGAUGUUAAAUCGGUAUUAUCAUUAAUUGAGAAACACAGGUCUAUUGGCAUGGGCAGACGAAGAAAUAGUUAGCAAUAUGGGCUCGUAGCCACCAUUAAGCCCAUUAGGCAUAUGCACUGAACGACAUUGGGAAAACUUCUGGUGGUAAUAAAAAACUAAUUGAUCAAACACUAGAUGCCAUAUGAACCAACAAUAUCCCAUUGCAAUCGAGAUAACUUCGGUGCACUCAAUUUAAAAUUUGAAUGUGAUUUUGAAUUAAAAAAACCUUUUUACAAUAUUCUUUAAAAAA